CCGUACAGAAAGAGCCGAGCCGAGGGUGGAGGAGACGAGGAGAGGGAUGGCAGAGAACAGUUCUGAGACGAGUAGCUCCGUUCAUCGGAGAUGUUUGGCCCAUUCUCCAGCGGAAAGAAACCAUUCAGCCGGUGUCGGGGCAUCGAAAUGGAUUCGGCUAAACGUCGGGGGGACGUAUUUUUUAACAACGAGACAGACGUUGUGUCGGGAUCCAAAAUCGUUUCUGUACAGACUGAGCCAAGCUGACCCCGAACUCGACUCCGACAAGGAUGAAACCGGUGCCUAUCUCAUAGACAGAGACCCCACAUACUUUGGGCCAGUGCUUAACUACUUGAGGCAUGGUAAACUGGUGCUCAACAGGGACCUGGCAGAGGAAGGUGUGCUAGAAGAAGCCGAAUUCUACAACAUCACAUCGUUAAUAAAACUCAUCAAGGACAAGAUCAGGGAACGUGACUGUAAAACAUCACAGGUUCCGGUUAAGCAUGUGUACCGGGUGCUGCAGUGCCAGGAGGAGGAGCUGACACAGAUGGUGUCGACCAUGUCUGACGGCUGGAAGUUUGAGCAGCUUGUCAGUAUAGGUUACGGGCGGGCCCACCAGUCAGAGUUUCUGCUGAUUGUGUCAAGGGAGGUGAAGGGAGAGGAGUCUGCUUUGCCAAACAACAGCGGAGAGCUGGUCAGCAUAGGCUCCUCUUACAACUACGGAAACGAAGACCAAGCCGAGUUCCUGUGCGUAGUCUCCAAGGAGCUGCAUAAUCAAUCAUACGGGACAAACAGUGAGCCUAGUGAGAAGGCUAAGAUUCUUCAGGAAAGGGGUUCCCGAAUGUGAAGAGGACUCAGUAUUAUGAGCUCCAGGUGUUAUGAUGCAAACAUAUCAUCUUUGUGAAAGAACGUUUGGCACAAUGGAGAUUUAAAGGGGGGGUGUGCAUUUUUUUGUGUUUUCCCUCCGUUUUUGUUUUUAUUUCUUGAUGUAAAUAAGUCUGUUUACUGACAAUUUGUGCCUGUAGAUUUGAACUGGACCUUUUUUUUUUUAAUUAGCGGCAAUUUUUUUUUUUGUAAUUGAAAGUAAGAAAUUGCAAUCUACAUAUGUUUUAUGCUAUAAAAUAUGGCCAUCAUCAUACAAGGCCAAUGAUUCACUCAGGGUCAUCUAUCGAGUUAAUUCUUAUAUCCUCCAACUCAAGGGUCUGGUAAGGGAUCAGUGUGGUCUUUGUAACUCAGAAGUAUCAAACUAAAAAUCAUUCUGUAGAGAUGUUAAGAAGGGAAUCAUGCAUUUAUUAAGAGAGAGGCUAUUAAAUGUGAAAUUCACCCUAAAAAAAAACAAAAAACAAAUCGAUUAAAUAUUUUCCCAAAGAUUUCAAACAGUUACGUCGAGAUUUGUGAUCAUGAGGAUCCCAGCUAUACUUUUCUGAUGGUUUUUGAAACAGUGAACAGCUUCUGAAAAUAUGUUUCAAAGUAAACUGUUUCUAAGAGGAACAAUCACACUCUCAGACAAGGUUGAAAACUAUGUGAACAAAAAUGUCAGUUAUUUGAUACUGUAAAUAAAGGGGCAUUAGGUAAUUUAUCACUUUUACAAAACCCUUAUCAGUGCUGAGGAAGAUACCAGUAAUGAACAGAAGUAUGAAUUUUCACUAAGUACACUACCUUCAGAGAAGCAGCAGAAAUAACUACCUAACAGAAAUGUCACAAUGCAACAUACUUUACUGUUCGCUUUCAUGGCUUGAGAAGUAAAUGUGUUGCUUGUGUAGCUUCUUGCUGAAUCGUGUACUCUAUCUUACAACCUUAGUGUAAUGCACGAAACAACAGAUACAGCCAUUGUGUGCUCUGGGAUCAAGUAAUUAUAUAUUCAGGAAGUUCACUUACUUUUCUAUAAGAAUGGAACUUUGAAGUAUUAGACACGCCUAUAACCGCACAGGUUCAUUUAAAAUAUUGUUUCAAAGUAAGAUAUCUGCUGCUUCUGCAAACGCUUAUUUUUAGUUAUGAAAUAAAAGUAAAAUUGCCAUCUAAAUUUUGUUAAGUGCUCGUUUAAUCUGCCAGAUUUUUUUUGUUUUUUAUCUUCUAAUGUAGUUUGGGAUCUCCUCAUGUUCAUAAGUCUAAAGUUAACUGCCAAAUCAUCAAAGAUGUUUCAAAUGUGAAUUCUGUUUUACAGUGACAUUAUUUUUUUUAAACAUCUGUGUCCUCCAGUGGCAUACUGUUUCCUGUCGGAAAAGACAUCCAUGAGACAGUGACAUCUUUUUUUAUUAUUUUAUUUUCCCCACUGACUUCUCAGUUUUCUUGAAUUAGUUUAUUUUGAAUGCUUGAGGGAACAUCUUGUUUUGAAGUUGUUUGUUUUUUUUGUUAGGGUAAGUUUUUGUGUUGUGGGAGGUUUGGGAAUGGGAACUGUUUGAAGGCAGUGAUGAAGUGCUUUCUGUUCAUAUCCAGAGGAUUUUGUUUUGAUGUAAAUAAUCCAAAUUCAAUAUUAAUAUUUAACUCUUAAAAAAAACUGCACGUUUUGUACACUGUAUAGAAAACACAACUUUGAAUGGAAGUUGUUUAUUACUGGAUCUUUAAAAAUGAGAAAAUCUUGACAAUGUUAACUUGUGUUUUACAUUGUUUGUACAGGACUCUAGAGGUUUCUGAGUUAGGUUUGAAACAGCUGAUGCUGAAUAUGGUGUCUUUCACUGAGAACAUGCCUGGAACAUGUUUUGAUAACUAAUAACAAAGCUAUACUUGGCUGGCUAUGAAGUUGACUGUUACAUUCAAAAAAAAAAACAAAAAACAAAUGUAUUUUUUCCUGCAUUGUGAUAGAUUCUACUAAGCAUUUUGACUUGUUGAAAUUUCGUACACAGCAUUACAAGCACUACAGUGGAAAACAACACUGUGCACAUUGCUUAUAAGCCUGUAAUGUUGUUAAUGUAAAUACUGCAUUUUAGAACACUUUUUUUUUUUAUAGAAAGUUGUUUUCAGGUUUGAUGUGUGGUUUUGAUAGGUUGGAUAUUUCAUUCACAAGUAAUCAUUUAGUGUUGCCUUUUUCCCAAUGACCAAAAUCCAAUGUCUUAUGUGUAUUGUACACAUUAAUCUUAGUGUCAGGGAUGAGUAAACUUUUCUUAAUGCUGGCACACUUUGUACAUACAGACUUGUUAACGACACACAAACCUCCAUUUACUCACAUGUACACUUGACUAAAACAAUUUUUAUAUUGUCUGGAAAACAAGUAUGGAUGCAUGUUUUGAUAUAGAUAUACACAUAUAUAUACACACAAGCACACACAAGGGCUUUUAAAGUGCAAAAUUUGACAUCUGCAAAGAGGUUCACUCAAAGUAGACUGGAUUUCCUGCCAGAGCUAGGCUAUGUUUACAUUUGCUAUAGUAUUCUGAAGCCUUCCAAUUAUGUACUGUCUUGCACUCCCUCGCACACGUUAACAUUCACCUAACCUGUGUGACUGCACAAAUGGAAACUAGCACUCCCCACUCCACAUGAACUGAUAUUCACAGACAUGCCGACCGAUGAGAUACUCCAUCCGUUUCUGACGGCCUAUGCUUGAGCGUUGCAGACAAUCUUGCUUUCCGCCCUUUCUCGUGGCAUGCUCACUUUUAAUAGGAUGAAACUUACCUACGUUGGCUCAGAGCAAAAAUUUAUUUGAGUCUUCUUUUGAGACUUUUUCUGCAAUGAGUUUUAAUAUGUUUUUGUGUUUGAUUUGCUUGGUUCAGUUGAGAGCUCAUUUGAUAUACUCUGGUCUGAGGUGUUUAACCUUUCCACUUUAGCAGCUACAUUACCUUGAUGCCCUUCACACACAUGUUGUCUGGUUGAGCAUUUGGCAUUGAUAAUCAUUUCAUGUGAUGGACAAACUUAUCAAAUCUGUAGCCUAAUACUUAAGUGCCCAGUUUGUUUUGCAUUCAAGUCAUAAGCCACAGACCACUGUAAUGCAUGAUUGAAGAUGAUCACACUUGUAAUCAGAGGGAAAGAAUGUGUCAUUUUUCCUCAAUCUAGCAAUUACAUCAAUGAAUAUGGUUCUCAUAUCACUACAUAGAUCACUUCUAUAUGAUCUUAUGCAAUGUUAAAAAUAUACAAAGUAAGUAUGAGGUUAAGGGGAUAGAUCUAUAUGGUCUUGCAAAGUAAACUCAAUAAAAAUGUUGUCAUUCA